AUGACAGAUACACUACGAACACAUCCAAAUUGUCGAGUUAUUCUUCCACAUGGCGGAGGCACGUUACCCUAUAUCGUUCACAGAAACGCAAAUCUAAGCGCAGAAUUCAAUCUCAUAGAUAAGACCGCCGACGAGUUCCUCAAGAAGGCUAAGAAUUUCUAUUUUGAUCUCGCCUUUGCAGGAUAUGAUGAGCCGCUACGUUUAUUUCUUGACUUCGCAGAACCUGGGCAUGUACUAUACGGUACCGAUUACCCGUUUGGACGAGAGGAUUUGGUGGCAACCCAGUCUACGCAAAUUGACAAUGUAUUACAGGGACGAAAGGAUGAGAAGCUUGUCUAUCGAGAUGCUGCAUUAAAACUCUGGACCAAAUUUGAUGUAUCUCCGCAUUUGCAGCAUGAAAUGAGUUAA